UAGUCUGAGUACUGUGUUUAACUGACUGUGUAUGGGAUGCAUCCUAUUGCAGCCUAUUGCAGUCAUUUUAUGGCUGAAGCCUUUUUUUUCAUGGCAUAAGCCGAUAAACGAGCAGACGGAUCACCUGAUGGUAAGCAAUCGGCGUCGCCCAUGGACACCGAGAACACCAGAGGAGUUACAAGUGCGUUACCGGCCUUUUGGGGAUUAGGAGUUUGAGGAUCGUUGGGGAUUCAGGGAUUGGGGAGAUUGGGGAAGGGGAGGGUAAUUGGGCCUCCGGUAACCUCACUCAUACGACGAAACACAACGCAAGCGUUGCUUCACGUCGGUUUUCUGUGAAGCCGUGGUAUCACUCCGGUCGAGCCGGCCCAUUCGUGCCGAAGCAUGGCUCUCCCACACUUAAAAUUCCA